CAUAGACCGUGAUAGACUGUGUGUGAGAUUUAAUAUCGAGAUUGCGGAGACACUGGGGAGGAGAGCAACCAGGAACAUACUGGAGGAGUGAGGUCUCUUUUUCGCCAUGGGCCUGUGUAAAUGUCCCAAGAAAAAGGUGACAAAUCUGUUUUGCUUUGAACAUCGCGUGAACGUGUGUGAACAUUGCCUGGUAGCCAACCAUGCAAAGUGCAUUGUCCAAUCUUACCUCCAGUGGUUGCAGGAUAGCGAUUACAAUCCAAACUGUCGGCUCUGUAACACACUACUGUCCUCCAAGGAGACCACACGGCUUGUAUGUUAUGAUUUAUUCCACUGGUCCUGCCUGAAUGACUUAGCCUCUCAGCUUCCCCAAAACACGGCUCCUGCUGGAUAUCAGUGUCCAAGCUGCCAAGGACCUAUUUUUCCCCCUGCCAACCUUGUAAGCCCUGUGGCCUCCACCCUGCGAGAGAAACUAUCUACUGUAAAUUGGGCAAGGACUGGGCUGGGCCUCCCUUUGAUAGAAGAGGUGGAGACUGUAGACGAGGUAGCAGCACACGAUGUUACAGACUACAGGGAUUGGUCUGUUGUAAAUUCCUCUUCUGAUCACAUGCCAGAAGCUGUCGAGAGAUCAUCGCAGUCAGGAUAUCUGUACAAUUCUGCGCCCGCUGCUGCCACACAGCAUGGUAUAACUGGAGGCACAUCUCAAGACCAUACUGUCAUGAUUGGAAACACAGGGGAUGACAGUGUCGGCAUGAGCGCAGCUUCCAUCCCUAGGAAAGUAUAUGACACUCGAGAUGUUGCCAAGAGUGAAGACACACUGAUUGACUUUGACGAUGAUAAAUAUAGAAGAAGACCGACAUUGAGUUGGCUGGCCAGAAUACUUCGAAACCGUUCAGGUUCAAAGGCACGGCCUACCUCCACCAAACAGCGUUUUCUCAUUAUUCUAAUUAUUGGAGUUUUGGGAUUUUUUACACUAAUCCUAAUUAUGUCAAAAUUGGGCAGAGCAUCAGCUGAUAACGACCCUAAUCUCGAUCCCCUUUUUAACCCACACAUCCGUGUUGGACAAGAGUAGGGGAGAAUGUAAAAAAUGCGGGGCACCACGAAAAGAUUCUAGUGUGCCCCAUCCCAAUCCAGACUCACAAAGAGGACCAAGCAGACCCCAAUCUGGAAAUAUACCUUGUACUUUCUGUAAUGAGACAUCAGUAGACCAUGCAUAAAGAUUGCAGAUAUAAAUAGCUGGUUUGGCCCGCUAUAGAAAGCAAUGUGGAAUUUUGGGCUCUAGAAGAGGAGCUGGAGAAAGACGUAUGGCUGUCAGGUGGGCUGUAAGACCUGGCUACUCCAGGAAGUGCUCAAAUCUACCAGGUCUAUCUACUCUAAGACUACACAUAGGACCUGGUGUUUAUAAAAGAAGAGUAUUAUGUAUGAUAGAUACAUGGUAACAAUGUGUUCAGUUUCUCAAACUCAUAAUCUCAAA